CAAAGCGUAAAUAUUGGAAAUGACAAGAUCAAGGACGGUAUAAUGUGUUAUUUCAACUUCUGUUGAAGAAUGUGAGUUUUUUUUGUGUGUGUGCAGCGCUACAAAAGUGACUGUACAUGGCAAAAAAGAGCUGAAGAGGCGUUGAAGUAACGUAUAUAUAUAACGUAUAUAUAUAUAUAUUGGUGUCCUCUGCAUCCAGACUUUGUCGGUUUUGUGGGAAUGGGUUUCGAUCCUCUCUGGUCCAAAUGGAAACUAAAGGGAAUGACGAGGUGGAAAAACUGAAGACAAAGUUGUUGUCGGUGUGGCACAACGUGAAGUACAGUUGGGCUUUGAAAUCAAAGACCUUGUUCAGCAGAAAUUCUCCAGUGCUUCUUUUAGGGAAAUAUUACCACUUCAAGUCUGAAGAUGAUGACAGUGUGACAGAAACCUGUUAUGAAGCCUCUAUUGAGGACUUAGUUGUGGGAAAUGUUGAGGACUUCAGGAGGGAUUUUGCAUCCCGUGUUUGGCUGACCUACCGGGAGGAUUUCCCUCCUCUGCCCGGCUCCACGUUGACCUCCGACUGCGGCUGGGGCUGCAUGCUGAGGGCUGGACAGAUGAUGUUGGCACAAGCACUUAUUCUGCAUUUCUUGGGCAGAGACUGGACCUGGUCAGGCGCACUGACGCUCCAGCCUUUAGACACAGAGACUUGGACGACCACUGCAGCCAAGCGCCUGGUAGCCUCACUGGAGGCAUCUCUGCAAGGCUCUCAGGAACCCUCUGACCCUGGAUCACCACCCUUGUCCCAAGCCCAGACUCUAGGAGCUGCAGAAGAGGCAGAUGCACACAUUAAAGAGAUGUACCACCGCACUGUGGUGUCCUGGUUCGGGGACAGCCCCUCGUGCCAACUAGGCCUGCACAGGCUGGUACAUGUCGGCCUGACACUGGGGAAACAGGCAGGGGACUGGUAUGGUCCUGCUGUAGUGGCACACAUUCUCAAGAAAGCUGUUGAAGAAGCCGCGGACCCCGGCCUGGCCGGAAUAACUGCCUACGUGUCUCAGGACUGCACAGUGUACAGUGCUGAUGUUAUCGAUAGCCACACAGCCCCAAAAGCAGGAUGGGCCUCUGUGGGGGGAUUGCACGCUCGUCCCCCAUCGAACAACCACCCGUCUGCAUCAAGCCUGCCAGACGGCCGAGCUGUCGUCAUCCUCGUGCCUGUCCGGCUGGGAGGGGAGAAGACCAACCCUGAGUACUUUAACUUGGCAAAGAACAUACUGAGUUUGGAGUACUGCAUAGGGAUCAUCGGAGGGAAGCCCACACAGGCCUGCUACUUUGUCGGAUUUCAAGAUGACAGCUUGAUUUACAUGGACCCUCAUUACUGUCAGUCUUUUGUGGAUGUCAGCAGCAGCGAUUUCCCUCUCCAGUCAUAUCAUUGCCCAUCACCAAAGAAGAUGCAUUUCAGCAAGAUGGACCCAAGCUGCACCAUAGGCUUCUAUUCUAGAAGUGUCCAAGACUACGAGAGAAUCAGCCAAGAACUGUCCAAGGUGUUGCAGCCGUCAGCGAAGGAGAAAUAUCCUGCGUUCACUUUUGCACAAGGUCACAGCAGAGAUUGCAUGGUGUCAGCUGGCCUGACCCCAGAGAAGAGAGAGUGGCCCUUUAUCCCUGACAGUAGGAGGGCGGCGGCGAACACAGCUGGGGACUUUGUGCUGCUUUGACAGCGCUGUUUACGGGUACUGACAGAGAAUUUUCCUCUUGUAGCCAAAGUGUUUCAAACUAUGAAGCCAAUGAUGAUUAUGGAAUAUGUGGCAUUUAUGUUGCUGAGCAGGUUUAGCCGAAAGUGUUUGUUACCUGGGUGAUUUCUGGCCAUGUGGAUUUACCGUCAUAUGAGUUGUUAAAGAGUAUAUAGUACAUAGUAGAGAAGCUUGAAUCUUCGACUGGACUGGGUUGCUUGACGUGAGGACGUUUCGCUUCAAAUCACAGAAGCUUCCUCAGCUAAAAUUCUUGCUCUGGUAGUCUGAC